AUGCAGGGCUCGUCUUCCCUGCCAGAUGGGCAAUGGGUCCGCUCUCAGGGGCACGACGAUCAGCCCGCUGAUAACAGCAGUCUGCCACCGAGUCCGCCUCGGUCGAGGAUCCCGAGGAAAUUAGAGCUACAUGUCCAAGCGCCAGCUGCCUCGUCCUCAAAACCAAACUCUCCAACGACGCCGACGUCGCGACGCCAGAGCUCCAUCGCCAUCUCCAAGGAGCCGGGAUCUCCGCUGCGACAGUCCCUCUCGACGACACAGCUCGACGACCCCGAGGAGCCAACAACGGACCCCCAGCGAGGCACGCAAAAGAUGCCGCUGACGGGGGACGGCAAGACCCCGGCCUCGCCGGACGUAAACCAGCACGGACACGAUGGUGCCUUCUCGUCACGACUCAACCGACUUGUUGGAGCGCGAUCUUGGCCCGAUACUGCGCACGCAUAUGCCAGACCAACCAGCUCGCCAGCUCCCAACACCGGACCUGCAUCGGUUGCACGGUCCGCCUCGCCCGCGAUAGCCCCGCGAUUCGCCCUCUUCUCGUCUUUGCCGUCGCUAAAAGGCCCUGCCCCAUCCAAGGUCGCCGUGCCGCAAGACGACGAGUUCAUCAACCUCGACAUUCAGGCAUCACUGUUCCCAGCCGGAGCACCUGCCGAGGGUGAUGUCUUCUCGCCCGCAGCCUUUAAGAACCUACACCUCAACGCAGUCGGGGUGCUGCGAAAAUUCCAGGCCGCCUAUCAAGACCGGACAAUGGCUCUGCUCGAGCUCAGGGCGGAGCGGGAGGCACAGAACGACGAGAAAAUUGGGCUAGAAACUCGAUCACACCACCUCAAAAUGCAGCUAGAAGGUAUGGCACAAAGAGCUACUGAGAUCGAGUCCACCAUGCGCGCCCUCAGGGAGGAGCUCGACACCGAGAGGCGGCUCAGGAUGGAAGAACGCCAUGCCAAGUACGCCACGCCUUCUAGCCUCUCCGUCUCCGAGGAUCUGGGCGUCGAAGAGGACCAGAUGGACGAGAGGAGAAGAAGCGUCGCGACAUCCAAGACGGACUUGGGCUCUGAGACCGAUACAGAGAGCAUCGCAGGAGCUAGCCUCUUCUCUCGAUCUCGCAGCCCCACCGUUAGGUCGAGCAUCACGGACGCCACAUCAACGGACAGUAUGCCACCACCACCUCUGCCUCCAAAACCGAAACGGAAUUCCCUCGAACCUCCGCCGCCGGCAAGCAAGGCACAGCCGCAGCCACAACUGUCUGCGUUUCAACGGCUUUUCAGAGGUAGCCCCCAAGUGGAAGCACCUAAAAUUGAGGAGACGCAGGCCGUGUACAGCUGCCGCAACUGCGAAGGUCAGGACGCCAGCGCUGCCUGGAACACGGUGAGCCUCCUGAGAGAUGAGAACAAGGGCCUCAAGAGGAGGGUGGGGGAGCUCGAGUCGGCAGUAGAGGAGGUUCUUGAUGCCGUCAACGGUGUUAGCAUGUCCCCCUUGGCUGUAUAG